CCAUCCAGAGUUCCUAAGGUUCGGUGCCUGUUACUGUUGCCGCCGCUUAAGCCUGCCAAAGCAGUGGUACGGCUGCUGCCCUCGUGUUUGCUACCUCUAGAAACAUUCUUGCCAGUAGUGGUGGCAGCGGGACUCAAUGACCCCCUUUCCUCUCUCCCUCCAGAAGCUCCAGAUGGUGUAUUCUGUGGGCAACGUGGCUGACAGCACAGAGCCAACGAAACUAACCUUCCAAGGGUUAGCUGAGUUGGCACAUCGAGAAUAUCAGGCAGGAGAUUUUGAGGCAGCUGAGAGAUACUGCAUGCAGCUCUGGAGACAAGAGCCAGACAAUAGUGGUGUACUUUUAUUACUUUCAUCUAUAAACUUCCAGUGUCGAAGGCUGGACAGAUCUGCCCACUUUAGUACUCUGGCAAUUAAACAGAACCCUCUUCUGGCAGAAGCCUAUUCGAAUUUGGGGAAUGUGUACAAGGAAGGAAGGCAGAUGCAGGAAGCAAUUGAGCAUUACCGGUAUGCACUGCGUCUCAAACCAGAUUUCAUCGAUGGUUAUAUUAACCUGGCAGCCGCUUUGGUAGCAGCAGGCGACAUGGAAGGGGCAGUACAAGCUUACGUCUCUGCUCUUCAGUACAAUCCUGAUUUGUACUGUGUUUGCAGUGACCUGGGGAACGUGCUCAAAGCCCAGGGUCACUUGGAAGAAGCCAAGGCAUGUUAUUUGAAAGCAAUUGAGACGCAACCGAACUUUGCAGUAGCCUGGAAUAAUCUUGGCUGUGUUUUCAAUGCGCAAGGAGAGAUUUGGCUUGCAAUUCAUCACUUUGAAAAGGCUGUCAACCUUGACUCCCAUUUUCUGGAUGCUUAUAUAAGUUUAGGAAAUGUCUUGAAAGAGGCACGGAUUUUUGACAGAGCUGUGGCAGCUUACCUUUUUGCCCUAAGCUUGAGUCCAAAUCAUGCAGUGGUACAUGGCAACCUGGCUUGUGCAUACUAUGAGCAAGGCCUGAUAGAUCUGGCAAUAGACAUCUACAGGUGAGCUAUUGAAUUGCAAUCACAUUUCCCUGAUGCUUACUACAACCUAGCCAACGAUCUCAAAGAGAAGAGCGGUGUUGCCAAAGGAGAAGAUUGUUAUAUAGCUCUCCGGCUGUGUCCCACCCAUGCAGAUCUGAAUAACCUAGCCAAUAUGAAACGAGAACAGGGAAACAUUGAAGAGGCAGUUCGCUUGUAUCAUAAAGCAUUAGAAGUCUUCCCAGAGUUUGCUGCUGCCCAUUCAAAUUUAGCAAGUGUAUUGCAGCAGCAGGGAGAACUGCAGGAAGCUCUGAUGCAUUAUAAGGAGGUUAUUCGAAUCAGUCUUACGUUUGCGGAUGCCUACUAUAAUAUGGGAAACACUCUAAUGGAGAUGCAGGAUGUCCAGGGAGCCUUGCAGUGUUAUACUCGUGCCAUUCAGAUUAACCCUGCAUUUGUGGAUGCCCACAGCAAUCUGGCUGCCAUUCACAAGGAUUCAGGGAAUAUUCCAGAAGCAAUUGCUUCUUAUCGCACUGCUCUGAAGCUUAAACCUGAUUUUCCUGAUGCUUAUUGUAAUUUGGCUCAUUACCUGCAGAUUGUCUGUGAUUGGACAGACUAUGAUGAGCGAAUGAAGAAGUUGGUCAGCAUUGUGGCUAACCAGUUAGAGAAGAAUAGGUUGCCUUCUGUGCAACCUCAUCAUAGUAUGCUAUAUCCUCUUUCUCAUGGCUUCAGGAAGGCUAUUGCUGACCUCUUUCUCAUGGCUUCAGAAAGGCUAUUGCUGAGAGGCAUGGGGACGUCUGCUUGGAUAAUAUAA